AUGCCUGUGUCAAAUGGAUUCCCCACAAAGAAUCCUUCCCGUCGCUCGCGAAUCCAAGAGGGUCCCAUGACAGCAUCCCACGAAGAUAUUCUUCCUUUGAGACAUAUCUCCACGUUAAUGAGUACUUCCUCUAACAUCAAAGACGAGAAACCAAAACAUCAGUCUUCCACAAACACUUUCGACGAUGGUGUCUUUUACAAUAACCCAGGACACUGGAGAGUACUGUCCAAAGAUGCAACCUUCUAUUACUCAGCGACGGCGCUCUCUGGUUUCAUCCCAAUAAUUGCUUUGGCAAUAUGGCUCGGUGUGAGCAAUGGUCGUUGGAAAAGCAUUGACUGGUCCGCCAUUCAUAGUGACAAGAUCGGUGGUCGCCUCACUCAACCCCAAGCAAAAGCAAUCGAUCUCGUCUGCAGUGCUCUUUUCGCACCGCUGAUAUUAGGCGCAUUCAACUUCAUCUGGUUUUCUUGUGCUCGUGUCGCAGUCAUCAAUGAGAAACAAACGGGGAAUGACGCAGUCCCGCUCUCGUGCCUCGUGGAGGUCAGCAGUACUACCGGAGGUUCAUAUGAUGUUCUCAAACUCUCAACCUUGUUGGCCCCUCGAACCAAGAGACUCCUUUCCCUGGGCUUGCUCGUCAUUGUGUCAGCCAUCGCUAAAUCAGCCCUAGGAAAUGUCAUUGCCUACGAGGCAUACACUGAAGACACGCUGGGAGGUUCCGCCAAUCUUCGACUGCUUAGUGACUCACAGUUGGCUGUACCAAACAGUUUAGUGUCCCAAUCAUUCGUUGGGACCUGGGGAUUCAACACGCAACAAAGGUCAUCUUUCGCCAAUCAAUUCAAUGGUCUCAUGACCGGGUUGAGCAUCUUUGAUGCCCGCUCCCUACUAACCGAGGAUCAGGCUUACAUCAUGGACAAUGUAACUACCGCCUCAUUGGAGAUGCCACAAAACGUUUCUGCUCUUCACAAACUCCCGGGUUCUCGCUGGACCAUCGCUUGUGAACCAUUUGUACCAGAUACAUUCACGGUGCUACAGAUGGGAUCCAAAUCGGUACAAUUCACCAUGACGAGAGGAACAAAGGACCUGGUCAUGGGCAACUACCCUGGCUCCAUAUCAACGAUGCAGAACGCCUUCAACGAGGAAUAUGCGUUCAUGCUGUUCCCCUUCGAUGGGUCGAACGUCGUCCUCUCCUUCGCCACGAGCUUCAACCUCAGCGACCAGCGCUACAACUCACCUUACGGCACAAUCACCCCGAAAGCAUUCAAUAUGUCCACCUCGGGCUUCAACUCAACCAAAGAAAUAAUGUCCGUUUGGGCAAUUUCAUGCGCCAUCUCCCGUCAAGAGGCAACCCUGGACCUGGUCCGAUCCUCAACGACUAACGAAUGGACCAAAAACAUAACCUCCCUCUCUGUCUCCCCCGAGAAAACACCCCAAAAGAACCUCCGCAUGCAACAACUCCAACUAAGUCUCAACUACCAAGCGCCCGACGUAACACUCCCGGGUCUUGCCCCAGCGCUCGCCCGCUCCGCCGACCCCUGCAUCGACUACACGCUGACCGGCCAACAAACUGCAUCGGACACAACAACAACCGUCAACUGCAGCGCCGCAGCGUCCAAUCCGAACAUCACCACAACAUCCUUCGAAACCCUGGCACUCAAUUUCCUCUACGCGUCCGCAGAGACUGAACGAUUAGCCUACGAAGUCGCCACGCAGAACACCACGCGCGCCACGCCCGCCGAAGCAGCUUAUUCCGUCGUCACCACCGCCCAGACCCUGCACUACCGCAUGACGUACGUGCCGCUGAUCUUGUUCGUGGGCAUCGGAUGCAUCUUCUUCGCGGCCCUCAUCACCUCUGCGCUGGUGUGGAGUGUUUGGGGGACGCUCUCGGCGCGCAUGUUCCGCCAGGUUGAUGGCUUACGGUUGCUAGUUGACGGUUUGGCGGGUUUGAGUGGUGGUGAUACUGGCAGAGAAGGAGGAGCGGGUCCCGAUGGUGAUGCGGUGUUUGAUCACAUCAAGGGCCGGAGUAAUGCUGCCCUCUACGCCUGGGCGAAGGAUUUCCCUGUAACUUAUACCGUCCAGGUGGACUCCGGGCUGAUCUCCCUAGACCGAGCGAGGGAGACGAAGUUAUGA